AUGAAGUUGCGUAUGAGCGUUAAAAAGACUCAGUACGACUCGAUCCCGCCCUACACAUCCGUUUUCAUUGAACAUCCCAAGCCUCCUGUGUCAUCCGACCCCAAAUCGCAGGAACGAAGGUUUCGGCUGCAUAUUCUCGCCAAGGCUGCGGUAAACUCCCCGACCCAUUCACCAGUGUCUGGCUCAAAGAGUUUGGCGACAAGCCAUCAACUGAGACUGCCGUUCGUCCUCGGAUUCAUUUCCGACUGCCAUACGAUCUCGUUGAGCCAUCUCGCAGCCGGACUUGAGAUCUUCGCGUCGCGACCGGCUAAUAAAGCUUCCUGUCCCACGAUGUACCCGGACGUCCCACCAGCGAGAGAAAGAGUUGAAAAAUCGCCAAUCAUGUGCGCGCACAUGAACAGCGAGUCCUUCGCCAGGAAGGCAUACGAACACGUCUCUCACAUGCAGGACAAGGAGAAACCCAACACGGCUGUUGAAGAACAUCUGGAUGAUGUGCACUUCUAUUCCGCGUACACAGAGGAGGAUGACCAGAACUUCCCACUACACAGACUGCAGGAGAAGCUGCCAGUGGACAAUCACCCGGGAGCUUCGCACCCGGCUGUGGUGGUGAAAUGUUUUAAUGCAGAAGGACGAGCCGGAGAAAGGCGUCCCGACGAUAAGGGCAAUGUCGAAGGCAGGCCGGGAACAGGUUGA